GGUGGGGUUAAUGGAUGUGUUUAAUGAGAAGGCUGAACACCUAAUGGAGAAGUUGAGCGAGUUAUCUGAUGGUGAAACUCCAGUGGGAAUGCACAGCAAGCUGAACUGUGUGACACUUGAGGUCAUCACGACGGUCGCCUUUGGGAUGCAACUAAACCUAUUGGAUGGUGCUCAGUCUCCAUUUCCACACGCAAUUUCAAUGAUUCUGAAAGGUAUUUCCCAAUAUGUUCAGAAUCCAUACAUGCAGUACAUGCCUCAGCACCGAACGUUUGUGAAGGAGGUGUGGGACUCCUUAGAGCUGCUGCGUAGCACGGGGAAACGGUGCAUAGAGGAGAGGAAAAGAGCGGUAAAGAAUGGAGAGGACGUGCCGAAAGACAUUCUGACAUACAUUCUCAAGAGUGCAGAACAAGAAGGGGAAUAUGACGAUGGCCUGAUGCUGGACAACUUCAUUACUUUCUUCAUUGCAGGUCAAGAGACAACAGCCAAUCUGAUUGCUUUUGUCAUCAUGGAGUUGACACGGCAACCUGAAAUAAGAAAAAAGUUGCAAGCAGAAGUGGAUGAAGUUGUUGGGUUGAAGAGUGAUGUUACUGCUGAUGACAUUGGCCAAUUGCUGUAUAUGAAUCAGGUAAUAAAGGAGACUCUGAGGCUGUACCCCCCAGGACCAGGGACCAGUCGCUGGUUGUCACAGGAAAUGGUCAUUGAAGGAAUAAAGGUCCCUGGCGGAGUUUCUGUGAUUUUCAACACCUACAUCAUGGGCCGAAUGGCCAAAUUCUUUGAUGACCCUCUGACCUUUGACCCUGAGCGAUUCCAUCCGAAUGCUCCAAAACCCUACUACUGCUAUUUCCCGUUCACUUUAGGGCCACGUUCCUGUCUUGGCCAGGUUUUUGCACAGAUGGAAGCAAAGGUGAUUUUGUCCAAAUUCCUGCAAAGGUUUGACUUCCAACAUGCUCCAGGCCACACUUAUGAAAUUAUGGACACAGGAACUCUCCGACCUCGAGAUGGUGCAGUGUGCAUCUUGACACCGAGAUCCGAAUCUUCCAAAGGAUAAUGCAGCCCUUUCUCAGGAGACAACUGGGGGACAUAACCAGAUUGCUCACCUGCACUAAUCAAUUCCAAUAGACCGCGAGGAAGUUGCAAAUGGACUUGUGGUUUGUUGUGUGGAAUUAUUGAGUCCUGUAUCAUUUUUACUGAUUGAACCAUAAACAUAAACACAGUGA